AUGAAUCCCGACCAGCCGCCGGAUUCAUCGUCAAUGUCUGUCACGACCUCGCCAGCCCACGAUGUCGCCAAGCUGAUGGGCCGCCGGAGCCUAAGCAACAUCCCUAAGGACCAGAGGACGCUGCUGGAGCUAGAAAACCCGUGGGCUGUUGACCAAAGAGACGAGCCGCACGGAUUGGCAACUGUCCCGAGCCACGUUCUAAAAACGCUGAAAGAAGCCUUUAUUCGCCUCAAGGACGACAAUGAGAAGGAGAACCCUAAAGACAAGGAAGACCCUGACCCUACUCCCGCCACCAAUGACCGUGACGGGCAGAAUGGAUAUUCCCCCGGCUCAUCACCAGCGAGAUCAGACAGUGCACCUCCGUCUUCGCCGGGAGUUCCGAUACCAUGGUCGCAGUCUCCAGCGAAAUCUAGGGCACAGCAAGACGAUGAGAUGUCUGAUGCCGGUUCGCCCAUUGAUGAGACACCCUCAAGUCCGGUGCCUGCACCACUCACCCAGCCGCCGCUCUUCCAUGGUACACCAAGUCCUAGCCCUUCUUCAAGUGACAGCGAGCCCGAGGAUCUCGAGAUGGAGCUCCCACAAGCUCAGGAGGAAAACCGCGAGGCCCCAAUAAAUCGCGAGGCCCCAAUUAACCCCGUAGCUACGCGGAUGCAUCUGACAGUGGCAUCUCAGGAGCCUGCAAGCUUGAUCACAAGUAUGGUCACCACUACGAAUGCGCCUACGUGCGCGCAGCCACAGGUUGCUUCUACUGCUUGUACUUCAUCUGAAGAUCCAAAGUCGUCGGUGUUGCCAGUUGAUCCAACCCAUGUUCGAUCACGACGAAUGAAGCCGAUUGAGUUUAGUGAGGAUAGCCCAAAAGUCACUGUGCGUUCGACAAACCCGGGUCCUCUCAAGCGCAUGCCUUCCACGCGAGCACUUCCCGAGGAAAAUGUCCCGAAUUCGGCUUCUCUGAGCUCGAGUAACUCAGCCCCAUACCAUGGCGGUAGACCCCAGAGCUCGCCAUCUCCGCCGCCUCCUACUCCUCCACCGCACAACUUCGCUGCUAGGCAAACUAUACCUCAGAGUAGGACGGCUGGGCAACAUACUACCCCCCAGAGUAGGACGAAUGGGCAACGUGAUGGUGUCGGUAGUCGAGAUAUCUCUCCUCACCGCCAGACUCCCAUGCAGCAGCUACAUCGGAUACAGGCCGCAGGAAUGAAUGCGUUUAUAAGUUACCACGCGGAACCCUAUAGCGCUUUUACCGCUACGUAUCCCGACUACAUUACAGUUCAUUCGGGCAACCUAUUGUCCUUCAUUCAGGCUUGCGUCUAUCUAGAAAUGCUACAAGAAGACAGGGCAAUACGCGAGUAUUUGUAUGAUGAUUUCAUCCGGGCCUGGUCAAGCGGUUUUUUGACAUAUGUCCAAAACGCGGGCCCUGGCCAAGAACCACUUCCCGCUGUUCAAUGGUUCAAUAUGCUGAAAGGCCCUAUCCUCUUCAACCGCAUGUGCAUAAAUUCAGGCAACAUCGCCGCUGUUCUGAACGCAUAUCCCGAGGAUGCUGCAAGGGUUAGGGCCAUACUUCAUGCCUCCAAAGAGGCAAGUGAGAGUCCAAUAUCAGAACCACAGCCAGAACAAGGGGUAGAGAUGGAGCUGGAAGAAGAACCGGAGCCGGAGCCGGAGCUGGAGCCGGAGCCUGAACCUGAGCCUGUGCCUGUGCCUGAGCCUGAGCGUCGGCGUCAACGUAAGAGGCGUGUCGUGGAUUUGGACAGCGACAAUGCAAUGGAUAUCACCGUGACGGAAGAGAGCCGAGCCGAACCACAGCUCCCUCCGCCCACGAGAAAGGCACCAUCCUUGCCAGCACCAUCACGACCAGCCCCGCCACCACCACCUCGGCCUUUGUCCCCUGAGCUGGGGAGCGACGACUUUGACUUCCCUGCCCUUCCACUUGUACUACAAUCGACAUCAGGGCAACAGUCGCGAUCUCGGUCACGACCGCACACACAUAAGCCUCAACCUCAAUCUAGACGACGGCCAGAACCACAAUCAGAAACACGACCCGAACCGCAGCCGCAACCGCAACCACAACCGCAACUGCAGCCACACAGAGAGCUAACAUUACCGCAACGACAUUCCCCCAGACGCCAUCAACCCGCCCCGGUACCUAUUCCCCCGGUACCCAUCCCCCCUAUCCCAGUCCCUCCCUCCACAGCUCCCGCUUCAUCAACAACCAAGCGGACCAAGUCUACCAACCCUAGAUCCUCCCCCCGCUCAACCGACCACGCCGGAAAGCUAGUCCCCAGAGGCCGCUCCGUGCCUAGCUCUGGUAGUCGGGCGUUUCCAAAGCUGCGUAAGCGAUCGACCGAGGAGCGGGCGCGUAUGAAGGAGCAUUUCCGGAAGAUGGCUUCUUCAUCGUCAACAAGCUUUCUUGGUGGUGGCGUCGAGAACUAG